AUGACUCAGCCUGACAAUGUUUGCGUCAAAAAUGGAAUAGUCAGCUCGUUCACUCUUGAAUCCACUUCGCCUAAUCACAAGCCUAGAGUAAAGAUAUUGGGUACCGGAGGUACAAUUGCAUCCAAGGCUGACUCAACCACGCAAACAGCAGGAUAUGAUCUUGGGCUGACGAUUGACCAAUUGCUAAGUCAAAUUCCAGAUGUCACUCAAACCUGCGACUGUUUCUACGAACAAGUAUGCAAUGUUGAGUCAACCGAGGUGAAUGACAAAAUUUUGGCAUUGCUGCACCGAAAGGUGGUAGAAAGUCUUGCAGAUCACGACGGUGUCGUCAUUACUCAUGGGACCGACACCAUGGAAGAGACCGCUUUUUUUUUGGAACUUGUGAUCAACUCUCAAAAGCCAGUGGUAUUGACCGGAAGUAUGAGACCGGCAUCAGCAUUGUCAGCAGACGGACCCAUGAACCUCUACCAAGCCAUAUUGGUAGCGGCCAGCAAGAGCUCCCGCGACAGAGGAGUGCUUGUUUCGUUCAAUGACCAGAUUUCCUCGGGAUUUUUCAUCAGCAAAUCGAAUUCGAACUCUCUGGAGACAUUUAGCGGAAAAUUUGGCUAUUUGGGAAAUUUCAUCGAUAAUGAGAUAAACUACUUCUAUCCGCCUGCAAAACCGUCUGCGGUUGGGUUGAUCAGGCAGGUCAUAUCCAGAGAAAGUGUACUGCAAUCUCCCGACUGGCCGCGUGUAGCCAUUCUUUAUUCUCACCAGGGCUUCGAUAAGGAGUUGAUCAGACUUUCUAUCGAGCACUUAGGCGCCCAAGGCAUCAUAUUUGCCGGUUGUGGUGCCGGUUCCAUGACUGCCGAGACCAAUGAGUAUGCCUUCACUCUGUGGAAGCGAUACGGAGUUCCCAUGGUUUAUUCAAGAAGAUCUAACGAAGGAGUGGUCCCCAGAAGAUCUUUGCCCAAGAUAGAAGGCUAUAGCGAGGGUAGCAUAGCUGCAGGUUAUAUGAAUCCGCAGAAGGCGAGGAUCCUACUCCAGUUAUGUUUGCUUCACGGUAUCACUGUUGAUGUCAUUAAGGUAGUCUUUGAAGGCGUAUUUGGUGGUUAA